AUGAAUUAUGGCGUGGAGAAGUUGAAAUUGAAAUACUCGAAGCAUGGGUGUAUCACUUGUAAGAUCAGAAAGAAGAGAUGCUCUGAGGACAAACCUGUGUGCCGGGACUGCCGUCGAUUAAAUUUCCCCUGUGUCUACAUUUCAGAGUCAGUCGAUAAGCAGUCUUUGAAGAGGAUAAAAGCGGAUAUACAGCACCAGAUGAUUAACAGGAAAAGAAAGCAUGUCCCUGAUAGUGUUCAGAAAGUAGCCGUGAAAACCCUUACUCAGCAACUUGGUGGUGAUGAGCAGGACAACCAGAUAUAUUUAUCAAAACCGCUAGAGAAUUGCAUUUCUCAAAAGCUAGACUCGAUGGGGUUGCAGUUAUACAAUUACUACAGGUCUCACCUUGCAAAUAUCAUAUCUAUUGCUCCUAUGAACCAGAACUACUACCUAAACAUCUUCUUGCCAAUGGCCCACGAGAAUGAUGGUAUAUUGUUUGCCAUUCUUGCCUGGUCAGCCAACCAUCUGUCGAUAUCUUCAUCUAACGAGCUGCGAAAGGAUGAAAUAUUUGUCAACUUAGCAAACAAGUAUACAUAUAUGUCGUUAACGCACCUUAAGACAAGCGAAGAUUCGAGUGCCUAUGCCAAGCUGAGUUUUCUAUAUUCGUUAGCGCAAAUUCUAAUUUUAUGUGGUUCAGAGAUAUGCCAGGGUGACGUGAAAUUUUGGAAGGUACUGUUGAAUAUAGGGAAAAAUUUGAUAGAAAACCAUGUGGGCAGGGAUAUUUCACGAAUACUAACUACUACUACGGAGGAGCCAGCACUCGAGGAGAGGAUAAUCUUCCCCAAUUUAAAUUCUGUAGUUAAGUACUGGUUGAUCGUGAAUUUUAUAUACCAUGACAUUUUGAAUUUUAAUACGACGUCUUUUCCGAUUGAACAAUAUGAGAAAUUUUUCCAAAGGGAUCAGAACUCAUUACCUAACUCGGUCAACCUCUUGGAGCCAAUAGAUUCGCCAAUUGAGGAGAUAGAUCCCUUAAUUGGCAUAAACAAGCCUAUUUUGCUAUUGUUGGGACAAGUCACAAAUCUGACGAGGUUUUUACAGACAAUGGGACAGGAAGAGAUACUGGAACACGGUGAUAGAAUUCUGAGUUUACAGGCCAAAAUUUAUAAACUACAACCCUCACUAAUGGCACUGGACCAUUUAGAUGAUGAAAAAAAGUUUUAUUACUUAGAAUUGUUCGAAAUAAUGAAAAUCUCUACCUUAAUGUUCUUUCAGUUGACUUUGUUGAAAAUUGAUAAAGACUCGCUAGAAUUGCAGAUAUUGAAAAACAAAUUGAACUCAAAAUUAAGCAAAGUCAUCGGCACGUUUUUGGAGGGAUCUUUGUGCUUUCCACUUUUCAUUUACGGCGUAUGCAUUCAGGUAGAUGACAUAGAGAAAAAAAUAGAUUUAGAAGGCAAGUUUGACGAUAUUUUAAAAAGAUAUAAAUGCUACAAUUUCCAAAAUGCAAGGUUAUUAAUCCGGAAAAUUUGGCAAAACGAAGCUGACGGCAUCAGCGAGCAUGAUUUGGUGCACAUGAUUGAUAAAUUAGACUAUAAUAUUAAUUUUGCUUGA